AUGUCUGCUUUCUACGAAUUGUCAGCGGUGCGAGCGGACGGGUCGCGGUUCCUCUUUGGCGACACGCUCGCCGGGAAAGUAGUGCUCAUCGUGAACGUUGCCUCGCGGUGCGGGUACACGCCGCAGUACUCUGAGUUGCAGCAGUUACACGAGCGGUACUCUCAGGAGGGGCUUGUCGUUUUGGGGUUCCCCUGCAACCAGUUCGGGAACCAGGAACCGGGCACGAUGGAGGAGAUCGUCGCGUUCACGAGGGACAAGUUCGGCGUGACGUUCCCCAUCCUGAGCAAGAUCAACGUCAAUGGACCCAGGGAGGACCCGGUGUACAAGUACUUGAAGUCUCAGCGGGGCAACGCCCUGGGUUUCAAAGGUGUCAAGUGGAACUUCGAGAAGUUCGUCGUCGAUAGAGCUGGGGUCGUACAGUUUCGGUACGGGUCGAAGGAUACGAUGGCAGUGUACGAGAGGGACCUGCGAGCGUUGCUUGAGAAGCGAUGA